GCCAUCUUGCUCCCAGGGGCAGUUGGCGGAAGAGAUCGCGCUCCCAGCCCGCCGGCUAGCUUUCUGCUUGGAGUUCUCGCAGCCCGCGAUUCGGCCUCUGCUCUCGAUCCGGGGUCCAUUCGUCAGUGUCCCGGUUGCCCUCCCUCACCCGGCUGGGGCACAGCGAGAAGGCCCCAUCUUCCGACGGCGUUCCAUGGAGUAGGGUCCCGGACCGUUGUCCCGAAGAGCGAUAUUGAGCUUGGCCCCCUCCCCCUCCCUUCUCCCUCCCUCCUUCCUUCCGCCGCAACAUGGCUAACAACAGCCCCGCGCUGACAGGCAACUCGCAGCCGCAGCACCAGGCGGCCGCAGCCGCGGCCCAGCAACAGCAGCAGUGCGGCGGCGGUGGCGCCACCAAGCCGGCAGUCUCGGGCAAGCAGGGCAAUGUGCUGCCGCUGUGGGGCAACGAAAAGACUAUGAAUCUCAACCCCAUGAUCUUGACCAAUAUCCUGUCGUCGCCUUACUUCAAAGUGCAGCUCUACGAGCUCAAGACCUACCACGAGGUGGUGGACGAGAUCUACUUUAAGGUCACACAUGUUGAACCAUGGGAGAAAGGAAGCAGGAAAACAGCUGGCCAAACAGGGAUGUGCGGAGGGGUUCGAGGCGUUGGGACAGGAGGAAUUGUUUCUACAGCUUUUUGCCUGUUAUACAAAUUAUUUACUCUGAAGUUAACUCGCAAGCAAGUGAUGGGUCUUAUAACACACACAGACUCUCCAUAUAUUAGAGCCCUUGGAUUUAUGUAUAUAAGGUACACACAGCCCCCUACAGAUCUAUGGGAUUGGUUUGAAUCCUUCCUUGAUGAUGAAGAGGACCUAGAUGUGAAGGCUGGUGGAGGCUGUGUAAUGACCAUUGGAGAAAUGCUACGGUCUUUUCUCACAAAACUGGAGUGGUUUUCUACCUUGUUUCCAAGAAUUCCUGUUCCAGUUCAGAAGAAUAUCGAUCAACAGAUUAAAACCCGACCAAGAAAAAUCAAGAAAGAUGGAAAGGAAAGCGCUGAGGAAAUAGACAGACAUGUUGAACGCAGGCGUUCAAGGUCUCCAAGGAGAUCACUGAGUCCACGGAGGUCCCCAAGAAGAUCCAGAAGUAGAAGCCAUCAUCGGGAGGGCCAUGGGUCUUCUAGUUUUGACCGAGAAUUAGAAAGAGAGAAAGAACGCCAGCGACUAGAGCGUGAAGCCAAAGAAAGGGAAAAAGAAAGGCGAAGAUCCCGAAGUAUUGAUCGGGGACUAGAACGCAGGCAUAGCAGGAGUAGGGAAAGACAUAGAAGCCGUAGUCGAAGUCGUGAUAGGAAAGGGGAUAGAAGGGACAGGGAUCGGGAAAGAGAGAAAGAAAAUGAGAGAGGUAGAAGACGAGAUCGUGACUAUGAUAAGGAAAGAGGUAAUGACCGAGAAAAGGAGAGGUCAAGAGAACGGUCCAAGGAGCGGAGAAGUAGGGGUGAGGUAGAAGAAAAGAAAUAUAAAGAAGACAAAGAUGAUAGGCGGCAUAGAGAUGACAAAAAAGAUUCCAAGAAAGAGAAAAAGCAUAGUAGAAGUAGAAGCAGAGAAAGAAAACAUAGAAGUAGGAGUAGAAGUAGAAAUGCAGGGAAACGAAGUAGAAGUAGGAGCAAAGAGAAAUCAAGUAAACAUAAAAAUGAAAGUAAAGAAAAAUCAAAUAAGCGGAGUAGAAGUGGCAGUCAAGGAAGAACUGACAGUGUUGAAAAAUCAAGAAAACGGGAACAUAGCCCCAGCAAAGAAAAAUCUAGGAAGCGUAGCAGAAGCAAAGAACGUUCCCACAAACGAGAUCACAGUGAUAGUAAGGACCAGUCUGACAAACAUGAUCACCGAAGGAGCCAAAGUAUAGAACCAGAGAGCCAAGAAAAACAACAUAAAAACAAAGAGGAGACUGUGUGAAAAUUUUUUGUAAAAGUGGAUCACAUUGAAUCCUAUAAAUGUUGGGUUAAAUCUGCUUUUUUUUUUCCUCCCAAGUUGAGAUUGUGCAGUAGUUACACACUCUUCAAGCUCCCUGUAGGCUGCAUUUUCAUUUCCUGUUUUGUGUAGGGAAGUGCCUUUGUAAUCCCAUUUACUGCAUUGAUGUUUUCACCCAACUGUUUAGUUUGAUACAUGAUGCACAGAUUGUUCUUGCAUUUUAUUGUUUGUUUUUGAGAUGUACAGUCUGUACAUAUGUCCUGAAAAUGUUUUAAUUCCGUUGGCAUGGUUGCCAUGUUGGUUAAAUUUGUAUAAGGCAAUAAAAUGCCACUAAUUCUA